AUGGAUCUUUCUACGACGCCAGCGAUGGCGCCGCCGGAUGGCCAAACACCGCAAUUUGACGCUCCCUAUAAUUCUCUACAGAUACGGACAGUGGCCGCAUUCGGAAUCACUUAUUUCUUUGCUUCCUUUUUCCUCUCUUUACGCUAUUUUCAGGCUAUCAAAUUAGUCAAACAUGUUGAGGUAGACCUAAUUACACUUACGCUUGCAUAUUGCCUCUCCAUGUACUACUUUAUAACAUUGGUUGAUUUAAUGCGACAUGGCUGGGGGAAACAUCUAUGGGAUGUGUCAUUGGCACAAAUCAUGGAGUUUAAUAAAGUAAGCGAGUUACUCCCUAACACCCUGACAUACUUAAUUACCCCAUCCGUCACCAAAAUGGCCAUGCUGUCUGUCUUGUACCGCAUCAAUCCCUCUUUAAUCUACCGCUGCGUUGUCGUGAGCGCUGCUGUCGCUAUUCUCGCUUAUACAUUGGCAUUGACUAGUAUCACUGGCGGCCCAUGUAAUCCUCUCAAAUCAGGGACCACUACUUGCUUAGAGAAUGUGGCCCUGGCACAGGCCGUGAUGAAUAUUGUCUCCGACUUCGCGGUUAUAGCUAUACCGAUUCCAACCAUCCACGGACUCCAUUUCACAUUGAAGCAGAAAAUUUCGGUAGGCUGUAUUCUGGCCAUAGGAUCUGGUGUCGUCGUCUGCUCCAUAGCCCGUCUACCAUAUGUUCUCAUUCUUGACAGCACCACCGAUGUUACAUAUACAGAGGCCAUUCUGGGUGUGUGGUCCAUCGUUGAGAUCAACCUCGGCAUCAUCUGCGGCUGUGCAAUGCGGUUGAAGUCGCUGGUCGUAAGGUACUUGCCCCAGCUUGGAUUCUUCUCUUCCAGUCCACACGAGAGCGAGACACACGGGUCAUUGGGUAAGAACCUCCAAAAAGGCAGUAACAAUGCUCAACGGUCAUACCAGCUCCACAGCAUCCAGAAGGAGAACGUCAGCCAAGGGCUUGACAAUGGAAGCGGUGGUGAUUUUCACUCAUAUGGGCCCAGCCCUAGAAGCAGAGGCUCGGAUAACGGGAGCACAGACAAGAUAUUAAAUUAA